AUGAAGGACAGCAGAGACUAUAUACUGCGUGUGUGGAGCCUGGCGGAGGACAUGGUGACACAGAGCGGUAAGCCCCUCCAUGCAUUUCUUCUGCUGCACCACGUCUUGACACAGCCACCCCCGUUGCUGCGGCGUGCGAGUGGUACGACGGCAGGCAAGCCUAGUAUCAGCAGCAGCGGGGAUGGAGCAAGCACAGCCACGCUGCCCACAGCGACAACGUCCGAGGCCGCACUCUCACUCCACGUCACCGCCUUUGAUGCCGAGUGGAAGUGCGAAGAACUUGUCACGCGACUGCGUGCGGCCGAGUAUAUACUGCUCGCGGACGUGCCUGCAGCACGCACAGCGGUGUCAUCGACGAGUACCCCCGCGCCGGCCGCAUCGUCUCCGCGCACGCUCAGCUGCACCGCCGGCCUGGAGGCGCUAGAGCUGGCGGAGCAGGUGCUGGCACCGGUCUUCGCAACGACAUCUCUUUCGGUGUCAGCCGACACCGUCCCUAGUGCCGCGCUGUAUCCGCAGGCGUCUUCCACAGCAUCUUCGUGGCAUCAAAGGUGUCGUGCCUCCAACGACUUUGCAGGGGGCGGCGACAAGAGCAGAGGCAGGUGCAGUGCAUCAUACUCCCUCGACGAUGUGCUGCGAGAGGUGGCCGACGUGAGCCGAAGCUCCGCCUCCGCGACUGCCCGCUCCUCCUCUGCCCCCUUGUGGGCGAACGUUGACGGCACCGGUUCGGGUGCACAGUCGCGGGUGGCGAGCAUGUACUUCCUCAAUCAUGCUACCGUCACAGCCCUAGCCUGGCCGCUCUCCAGCUUCACGCUGGCCUGGCCGAUGCGUGAAGCACGUGUAGAUGGAGCAGACAGCUCUUACGGUGCAAGCGGGGACGGUGAACACCUCCUCUCAGCACCACUCCUGUUUGGGCCGGCCAGUGAAACCAUAACCAUCUCGGUCUCGCUCGUCGUGCGCGCGCAUGUGCUGCAGGCAUUUAUAUGUCACCGACGCGCUCAGCACAAACGCGCGCUACAGUGUCUGGCGGAGGCGCGGCAGUGGAUCGCGCAGCAGUAUACCGAUGCCGCGCGUGCGCGAACCGUGCGGCUCUUGUGGGAAGAACUUCAAGAGCGCUGGACGCCCCCCCGUCCGCCGCCACCGCAGCAGCAGCAGCAGCAGUCGUCAGGCACGUCCUCAUCACCGUCAGCGACUGCGAUCUCUGCAGACCAGCUGCCUCCCCUGCCGGGCUUUUAUCAGCUAAUCGAGCGGUUGAUUGUGGAGGAGGGCCGUGCCUGCGCUACCAUGGUGCAGGUGGAGGAGUGCAAGGUGCACUACGCCAUCCUGCAGGCGUGUGGCUCGCUGCCGCCACCGCCUCCGCUGCCGGUGCGAACCUCCUCGAGUGCCGUGACGACCACCUUCGCCGAUGCCGGCGCCCCGAUGCAGGCACACACCGCAGACCUGCGCCUGCAUUACCGCCGCUAUCAAGAGAGUCUCCAGUUUCUGCACGCUUUGUCUCGCGCUUACAUGACGGUGGUACGGUGGAUAGAAGAGGAGGCGCAGGGAGAUGUGAUGACGGCUACUGCGGCAGCAGCGCCACCUCCGAGCGGCAGCGUGGACGUGGCGGAGCAAGGCGUGGCGUGGCGUGAGGCGCUGCGGUGCGUUCGAAGUCGACUGAGCCCGUUCUGCCUCUGCGCGCUGCAGUACACCUGCAACCGUGCUACUCCACUGGCACCGCCCGACCUCGCCACGGACACCGCGACCACGACAACGACCGCCGACGUCUCUCCGUGCUACGCGCUGGGCUUCGACGUCCGGCUGGCCGCGGAGGUUCUGGGUCUGUACCACUGCCUCAGUCACGUGUACCUGCUCUACCAGCAGUCUCCCGCGGCAUCGACGCUGCAGCCAUUUUCCGUGAAGCAUUACGAAUCGCUCUCCGCCGUUGAGCUUAUGGCGCGAGGCGGCGGCGGCGGCGGCGGUAGCAGAGCGCAGCAACCGUGCAACGGCAGUGCUAUGGAGGAGCGCACGAAGGGCAAGAAUGCGCGUCGGGGAGACGACACGUUUGAGGCGGCCAAGGAGGAGGUGGCGUUCCUGCGACUCUACCGCAGCGACCCGGCCUACGUGGCUCUCUUCGGCGAUCACCAAGUCCGUCCUCCGACACGGCAAAAGCUCUCCUCCUCUGACGCGGCACUCGACACAGACGACGCAGACGUACUCGCCAUCACCCGAGAUUUGGUGCACCGCGCGGUGGAGCACGCUAAGAUCAACGCGUUCGUCUUUGGCCAGUGGCGCUUGGGCGACGCCGCCGUAACCGCGACCUUGCGCGCUCCAUCCGCCACCAGUGCGACCGUGCAGGGGGGGAAGCGACUGAAGACGGAGAGUGCUCAUAACGACGAGACCGGUGGUGCACUCGAUCAAUGCGACGGGGUGCAGGCCGCCCCACUCCUCCGUUGGCGUGCACCGAAAGAUGCGGCAGCAAGCACGGCACCCGCCAUCGCGCACGAAGCCGCACUGUUGUGGUGCCUGGUGGAGUUGGGCCUUCGGGAUAACUAUCCCUUCGUCAUUCGAUUCCAGCGGGAGCUGAGCGACGCUCUGACACAAGUGAGGGACGUCACGUAUUCCUCUGGCGGGGGUGCGGCAAAUCGUGUAGCCGCGCCUCCUCAGCUGCCCGAAGAAGCUACCGAAAGCGACGUCGGCGUAUGCGGCUCUUUGCCAAACCGCCGUCACCCUGCGGGCGCAUCGCUGCCGGGCAUCCGAAAGCAUAGCCGCUCCCCGUCGCCGUCGCCGUCGCCGUCACCGUCACCAACGCUUCUGGGACCUCGAGCGUCCCAUACAACCACGUCACGUCUGCAGCCGUCGCCUUCGUCCAACUGGGUGUUUCCUGGCGUCCGCCGAGCCUUGCAGCUCUACCUAGAGCUUGUGACGGUGCUCAUGCGAUCAGCCGCCACCAUGCAUGCCACUUCAUCCACCCCCGCCACUGGCACGGAGGAGCCGCAAAGUGCAGCGGCCUUCUUCACCACGGCGACGUCAUGUGCGGCACCAUCGAUCCCCAUCCUGCGACUUGGCUUGCAGAAUGCGGAGCAGCUCAUGGCGCAAGUCCUCUUCACCGUCGACGCCGAAAUGUUGCACCUGACAGGCAAUACGUGGGGCAUCGCUUCUGGUGCUGGUGCGCGGGAGGGCGGCUGCACACGCGUUACCGGCGCCACGGACUACCGAAACGGGAGCGUAAAGGGCACCAGCAGCGGCGACGUCAGCCCAUCUCACCUCAGACAACACUUCCUACUGGCCGAUCACCUGCAGUGCUCCGCCCCGGCGCAACUUCGCGGGCUGGUGCAGAUCAAGGCGGCGGUGCUGGUCACCAUGGCGCGCCACCACCUCACGCAGCUGUCUCUCAUGCGAGCCGUGCAUUACCUCCGCGAAGGGCAGCAGUUUGCUCGCGUUUUCCAUCGGCAAGCAAGACUGACGCUGGUGCCUGAGAUGCACGUCCUGCUGGCGUGUCUUGCGACGUGCAUGAGUCUGCGGCGGCUCCCAGACCUCCCAGAGCCGGCGGUAAAGAAAGAGCGAAGAAGCGAAAGCAGAGGCCACUCCGUGAGCAGCGGGGACGGGGACGCGGCCACGGACGUGGCACUCGAUGCCGCGCAUGAUGCGCUGUACGCCUCUGCGCAGGGCUGGAUCUCAGCGGAGCGAGCCACGUCCAUUCGCGCCGGCAGUGACGAUGGCGCAGCACCGUACGAGGCGCACUCGCUGAGCGGGCACCUCAGCAGCCACAUCGGCAACGGCACCGAUGCCGCGGCCUUUGCUGUUCUGCCGCGAGAGGAAUCCACGGUGGCGCAGGAUGUUGGGCUGCCGUACCUGCACCUGCUUGCUGCUGAGCGUGCCGCCUGCACCACCUUGCACACCCCGCCAUCUCUCUCCCUACUCCUCUACAUCUUGAAGGCAUGGACGGUUUUUCAUCUUGUGACCGCAGGCGAAGAGCUAGUCUGGUCAGGCGUGGGCUGCAACAUCUCCUCACUGCUCACGACGCCACUGCACGCCCCGACGCCGCCGCCGCCGCUGCAGCAGCAGUUGACGCGCCAGAUGAAUGGGUCACCAUCGAUCUCGGCAGCGCUCCCGCGAUCCCUGGCGCUGAGACCAGCGUCACCGUCACCGCCUUUUCUGCCCCUUCCCUCACCGUCUCACGCCACCACGACGCUCAACACCACAGUUGAGGAUCAGCAGCGUCGCGUGGCGCGACUCGACAGCCUAACAUCGACACCGACCAGUACCCCGACGCUGCGCAGCCGACACGCCACGUUGCCAACGGAGAUGCACCGCAUUCAGCUUGAGCCUGUCAUAAUGUCGGCCGCCACCGCCCGACCGGCAGUGCAAGCGGUGAAAAGUGAGGACACGGACGACGAGGGCGGCGGAGUGGGACGCGCCGUCAGGGGUGUCGCGUACGGGAAUGCAAAGGAGGUCAACGACGACAGUGCCGACAGGAAGGCCACUCACAGUCCUCAGAGCCGGGGCAGCUGCGGUGUCGACAAGAUUGGUGCCGUAAAGUCAGAGAGUGGUAUUGGCGGUACGCCUGCACAAGCCAUCUACGCAAACCUUCGCGGCGCCUCAGUCAUGGCCGCAACAGCUCCAUGCCCCGCGGGUGCGCACGUGAGAGCACUCCCGCAGACGCAGAGGCACCGCGCCGGUGAUGUGCUGCAACGCAUGAUGGCCGUCCUCCUCGACCACUACGAAGCACAUGGUGUUUACGCGGCACCCAUAACGGCAGCAGCGCCCUCGCUCUCCACAGAAGCUGAGAGGACUACCCUUCCGCGAGUCCCUGCCGCUGCGUGGACGCCGCAAAACGUCGUUCUCUUCCGCCUCCUCCGCGGGGCGGUGCUGCUGUGCGAAGACAAAGACGAGCCGGCAGCGGCGCGGGAGCUGAAGGAAGUCACGCACUUGGCGAAGCAGCAUCUUGGCGUCCUUCACCCGUACGUGGCCGAUGGGCUGGCGCUGCUGGCGAGCGCGUACACUUCGCUCGAUGUGGACGCUGUGUCGAGCGGUGAUAGCCGCAGUCACGGCGAGCCCUCCGGCUCUGCCACCUCACCGUCGCCACAGCAGGUGACGGGAGGCGCAGCUCGAACACGGAAGGUUGCGCUGCAGGUCGCCAUGCGCUGCAGCUGCAUGGCGCUGGCCUCCCUCUACGCACCGUCGGUGGCCAACGGCAGCGAUAGCGUCGAUGCUGCUGGGACGACGACAGCACAGCAGCAGCAGACGGCACCCUUCUCCAACAUAGGAGCACGUCUUCGGGAGUGGUGGGGCAGCCAAGUCAUCCAGGGCUUGUGUGGCACCAGCAGCGGCGGGUACAAUGAAAAUGCGGUGCAGCAACUGCGGCUUCUGUUCGGCUGGCUCCCGGGGUCGCCGGAGUACUGCUUCUCGUAA